UUUUGCAUAGGAAAACACGCGGUGGAACAUCUUUUCAAUUUAAAAAAUAUAAAAAAUAAAUUAACUUUAUUGAAAUAAAAUGGGUAAAGCUAAAAAGAAGCAUCCUAAAAAGCGUACCGCGGCCUUUAAGGAAAGCGAACCAAGUGAAUUGGUUGAGGCACCACAUUCCUUUAUCAUACAUCGCGGCUUAUCGUGCCCGUAUAUUACGGAUUUAACUCUAGAUUUUCGUCGAAUUAUGGAACCCUUUACGGCCAGUGAACUAAAGGAAAAGAAAAUGAAUCGUAUUAAAGAUUUUGUGGCUGUUAGUAGUUUUUUCCAUGUCUCACAUAUGGGAAUUUUCAAUAAGGCCGCCACACAAUUGUCAUUUAAAGUUUUAAGGCUGCCGCGAGGACCAACAUUAACAUUUAAGGUACAUCAGUUCACAUUGGCCCGUGAUGUUAUAUCGCAAAAUAAAAAGCAAUUUGUGGAUGAGGAUAUUUUCAAACAUUCGCCUUUGGUGGUAAUGAAUAACUUUACAGGCGAUGGUAAACAUUUGAAAUUAAUGGCUUCUACAUUUCAAAACAUGUUUCCGGCUAUAAACUUGGCAGAGGUCAAUAUAGCUACCAUAAGAAGGUGUGUACUUUUUUCGUUUAAUCCUCAAACAAGUUUAGUGGAAAUGCGCCACUAUUCCAUACAAGUUGUUCCGGUUGGUUUAACAAAAGGUGUUAAGAAAUUGGUAAUGGGUAAAAUUCCCAAUUUGUCAAAAUGUGAAGAUAUAGCCGAUUUUAUAAUGCAGGAUGGCAAUGCUUCCGAAUCAGAAGCCGAAGAUGAUGAAAACUCUCAAGUUGUUUUGCCCCAAACUCUUAGGCGCAAAGGUAAUAUGGAAAAUAACAAAUCAGCCGUACAACUAUAUGAAAUUGGUCCCCGCAUGACCAUGCAGCUCAUGAAAAUUGAGGAUGGUUUAUUAACCGGAGAGGUACUCUAUCAUGACCAUAUCACUAAGACCGAAGAAGAAAAGGAAGAACUUAGAAAAAUGAUCGAAAAGAAACAAAAACUUAAGGAACAACGUAAAAAACAACAGACCGAAAAUCGGGCUAAAAAACUAAAGGAAUUGGACAAGAAAAAUAAAAAUUCGCAUCAAAAUACUGCAGCAGCAGAAGGUGAAGAUGAAGAAAACCAAUACAGUGAUUUGGAAGAUGAUGCUGUCUACUAUAAGGAAGAAGUAGGCGAAGAACCAGACGAAGAAUUAUUUAAAUCCACAGAUCCGGCUAGUCGGAAGAGAUCAAAACUACCAUACAGUUUGAAAGCCAAUAAAAAGCCUAGAUUGGAAAAGAAAGACUCCUUCUCUAAGAAAGAUUCCUACUCUAAAAAGGAUUCCUUCUCCAAGAAAGAUUCCUACUCUAAGAAGGAUUCCUACUCCAAGAAGGGCGACUUCAAAGAUAAGAAAGGCUUUAAGGACAAAAGAGCCUCUAAGGACAAAAAGGGCUUUAAGAAUGGAUUUAAAGAGAAGAAAUCAUUCAAAUUUAAUAAGAGAAAAUAAAACGCAAAUAGUUUUCUUAAAUUUAUAGUUUUCUUUUUUUUAUUAUAUUUAAAUAAAUUUUAAAAUUUAACCAAACAUUUUUUGUACCAUA